AUGCACUGUCUUGCCAGCCUUGCCCUGGCCCUCCUCGCCCUGGAGGCUGCCCUCACACUGGCCCUAGCCCUCUCUUUGCCAGGGGCCACCGUGUGCCCGGAGCUCAGCUCCUCCCCCAAGGAGUCCUGCGUGAUCUCCUGCUUCACCCACAACAGCUGCCCCUCAGGGUCCAGGUGCUGCACCCAACCCUGCAGCCACUCCUGCCUGGUCCCCCUCACUAGCCCCCUGGUCCCAGAGCCCUGCUGGGAGAGCAGCGAGUGCUCCAGGGACGACCAGAGUGAGAACAACCAGAAGUGUUGCUUCAGCACGUGUGCCAUGAGGCAUCUGGAUCCUAACACAGGCGAGCGUCCCGGAGACCCCUCCCCCAGCACACCUUCCCCUAGCAGCUUCUCCUUUUGCCUCUCCUGA